UAUUAUUUAUAGAUUCCGCCACCCCUCGGUGCAUCCUAUUAAUCGCAGAGUUAUGCUAAGCCAUGGGCAUAAAUUAAUGGCAGCAUUCCUCGAUGUCCUGACAUUGAAAAUUAGCAAGUCGUUUUCGACCCACGCUGACCCCAAAAGACUAAUCAGUUCCGACAAGUGGAAGUGCGCCGAAGGAUAUAAAAAUGGCUAACAGCGGCGGAAAGUGCAUCAGAUCCUUUUCAGCAGCCAAAUCCAGCACAACCAUGAUGUUCCGAUCCGUGAUGCCGUUGCUCCUGCUUUUGAUCCCGCUCCUGGAAUCGGCGGAGGCAUUCAGCUGGCACCAGGCCUGCGGACCCGAUCUCACCGAGUUGGUGCUGAUGAUGUGCCCCAAUGGAGUGGCCGGAAUGUACCAAAAGCGGGACUCCAUGAUUUUUGAUUAUGUGAUGGCGGAUGGAGGUGACGCCGAUGCGGUCUCCGAAUCCCACAAUAACGGGAUAAACUCGCUGACUGGAUUGCGACGCGACUUUCGGGGAAUUGUGGACCAGUGUUGCCGUAAAUCGUGCUCUUUUAAUACGCUAAAGUCCUACUGCAAAUAGGAGUACUCCCAAUAGUUUGUUACGAGACCUGAUCCAUCAAUAUAUACAAUAUAUAUUACGUUUUGAUUAUAAAAUAUGAAUAAAUAUAUAUACGAGCGCAAUUGAAAACACUUUUUAUGUAAAAUCUUUGAUGGGGGAAUUAAGUUAGAUUUAAUUUACGAUUUUCAUUUCU